AUGGAGCAGGACGGGAUCAGCAGCAUGAAUCAGCUGGGGGGGCUCUUUGUGAACGGUCGGCCCCUGCCUCUGGACACCCGGCAGCAGAUUGUGAGGCUAGCAGUCAGCGGGAUGCGGCCGUGCGACAUCUCACGGAGCCUAAAGGUAUCUAAUGGCUGCGUGAGCAAGAUCCUAGGGCGCUACUACCGCACAGGUGUCUUGGAGCCCAAGGGUAUUGGGGGAAGCAAGCCACGUCUGGCCACACCCCCUGUGGUGGCUCGAAUCGCCCAGCUGAAGGGCGAGUGUCCAGCCCUCUUUGCUUGGGAGAUCCAACGCCAGCUUUGUGCUGAAGGGCUUUGCACCCAGGACAAGACUCCCAGUGUCUCUUCCAUCAACCGAGUACUACGGGCACUACAGGAGGACCAGAGACUGCCCUGGGUACAGCUCAGGUCACCAGCUGUUUUGGCUCCAGCUCCUCCCACUCCCCAUGGUGGCUCUGAGGUUCCCCGGGGACCCCACCCAGGGACUGGCCACAGGAACCGGACUAUCUUCUCCCAAGGCCAAGCUGAGGCACUGGAGAAAGAGUUCCAGCGUGGGCAGUAUCCUGAUUCAGUGGCCCGUGGAAAGCUGGCUGCUGCCACCUCUCUGCCUGAGGACACAGUGAGGGUCUGGUUUUCCAACAGAAGAGCCAAAUGGCGCCGGCAAGAGAAGCUCAAAUGGGAAAUGCAGCUGCCAGGUGCUUCCCAGCGUCCAACUGUGCCAAGGGUUUCCUCAGAGAUUGUCUCUGCACAGUACCUUGGCAGUGUGCCCACAGCAGCCCUGCCUGCCCUGGAGCCAUUGAGUCCCUCCUGCUGUCAGCUGUGCUGGCAGACAGCGCCAGAUAGGUGUCUGAGUGACACUCCGCCCCAAGCCUGUUUCAAGCCCUGCUGGGAUUGUUGCUCCUUCCUCCUUCCUGUGGUUUCUCCCUCGUGUGUAGACCUGACCUGGCCCUGGCUCACUGCCCCUCCUGUGCAUCCUCUGACUGGACAGGCCAGAGAAGCGACACCCACCCACUUCUCACACUGGCCUUAA